GCCAUCGAUAAGGUAACGAUCAGAGCUCAGAGCAGCGUCAAUGGCGAUCAAGCACUACGCCACCACGGCGAGGAAUCGGUCGGUCGAGGGCGACAUGACGGUGGAGGAGUUCAAGGAGUGGUUGAAGCGGUUCGACGUCGACAACGACGGCCGCAUCAGCCGGGAGGAGCUCCGGCGGGCCAUCAGCAGCAUCAAGGUCCGCUUCAGCGGCUGGAAGAGCGGCCGGGGCAUCCGGUACGCUGACGCCGACGGCGAUGGCUACAUCGACGCCGACGAGGUCGACAAGCUGGUGGAGUUCGCUCGGACGUCGUUGGGUAUCAGAAUCGUUUCCUAAUACUAAUUAAUUAAUUAACUAGUUAUCAAAUAAAUAAAUAAAUAAAAUUAACGGAUCAUAUAGUUUAUAUGAUCAUUAAGCAAGAAUAAAUUUAUGUGUGUGAUAAUUAUGUGUUUAUAUUAAGUGGCCACUGCAGCUUAUAAUUAACUUAUUUGGAAUUAAUAUAAAUAUAAUUAAGAAAAGCCCUUGCUAAUA